AUAAUGAUUUUUUCUAACCGUGUAUGAUUGGUAACUUCCAAACUCCGGUCUUGAGAUCAAAAAGUUGAAAAAACCCGAUAACGCUUUCCCACGGGCAAACCAGUUUCUUUUUCUAGUUUUCUUCUUUCCAUCCCUUUUCUCUCUGGUUACUCCGAUCGCCAUGAGCGGCUACUCGGCCGCUCAUAGGCUCUGAUGGAUCGGAAGCAAUUAAAUCACUAGGUUUUUCUGCAUAAUGGGGUCAUAUCUCUCUUGGGUUUUGUUUAAUUUUUCAUUAGAGCUAGGUAGUGGUGGUGGCAGUCGAGAAAUCUCAGUAAUAGAAGAAAUCUUCACACAGUUGCGUUUGAUUACGAAUUUACUCUGUCAGGUAAUGAUUUGCUUAUCCCACUGGUCCCUGAUAAUGAUUAUGAAGCUCCAACUUGUGCUUAAUUAUCUCAAUUCCAACCCUAAAUUACUGUCUCUGUUCGUUAUUUAUCUUCAUUUAAUACAUAAUUUGGCCAUCUGUUUCAAUUCCUUAGAACUCUUAUUACACCUGUUCGAUUGCUGCUCAACCUUCCAUUUUACCCAAUUGAAUUAGGUUAUGCUCUGUGUGAAUUUUAAAUUUCUCUGAUUUCAGUUGAGUAAUUUUCUAAUCUUUGUUGAAACCCUAAUCCUCAGUAUAAAUUCACCAUUUCCCUAAAUGAAAUCUCACCCCCUUGUUAAGAUUUCUUAUCUCCGUGUUCUCUACCUUUCUCAUUCACUUACAUCCAUCAAAUUCCAAAACACCAGUGCAGCUUUUAAGAUGAGUCUUUGUAUUACCAUGCAAGCUGUUUGGCAUGGUGAUGUUUCACAAUUAACAGACCAUUUACAAUCCUCCUUGAACUUGAGCAAUGGUAGGCAAUUCUCUUUAGAAGAUGUUAUCCCUCCUAGGUUCAUGAACAACCAAAAUCUAUGGACCAGCUGUCUGUUAGGUGCAUUUGCUGAACCAGUUGAUAGAAACAGAUGGAAUGUGAGAAAUUCACUUCUUUUUCAGUGGAAGAUUCAAGGGGGAUAAUCAGUUAAAUCUGUAAGUGAGUGGGUUUUCCUGGUUAGGUUUGAAAGAGAAGAAGAAAUUCUUAGAGUUUUAACUGUGGCUACCAGAGUAGUCUAUGGUGAUCUUUUCUGCAUCAAAAAAUGGGACAAGACUGAGAAGUUUGAUGACUGGAAUCCAACAGAAGAGAAGUUCUUCAUUACAAUGCACAAUUUAACUCAAGCACAGGUGAAUAGUGACAAUCUAAGAAGAUACAUAGCUUGCAUGGGAGAAAUUACCUCCUUUUCUUUCCCUGAAAGGAAGGACAAUAGUAGCUGCUCCAUCACAAUCAGAGCUAGCAUCAGAUUUAGACAAAGGCUUACUUUCAGUGUCAUGGUUGAAAAUGAGAUGGGCUUCACCAAUGAGAUUACAUUCCAAUUUCAUCACUUCCCCAACAACUACUGUGACUUCUGUAAAGUCAUUGGGCAUAAGCUGGAGAAUUAUGGAGAGUUUGUGCUACAACAAGUUGAAGAACAACAGGCAGAAGAUGAUGCUGUCAUGGCUGCUAUGCAAAACAUAGAUGGACAACAACUGGAGCAGGAGUAUUUGUAGCAACAUGAGCACCAGAAUAUGCAACAUGACAUGCUGUUUGAGGAAGAUAACUUGCAUGAGUCUGAAGCAGAGCAAGCAGCUUCUGAGACAGUGAAUAAUGGUAUAGCUACAACACGUACUUUAAAUGCAGAGGAUGUACCUUUUCAAUCAUAUGUUUAUGCCAAGACUGACACUUACAUGUGGAAGGUUGUUUAUAAAAGAGACACACCUGGACAAUCUCUUAAUCUGGAAGCUGGGUAUUGGAGUGGUGCUAGCUCUUCUCGCCAGCCUCUGAAUAUUGACCAUGAUUAUGUCAAGAACUGGCAGCUGAUGCAAUCAUUCUUUCACUGGGAUUCACCCUUACCAGCUCCUAAGAAGCUAAAGAUUACUGAGAUUGACCUGAACUGCACCCCAGAAGAACCAGUACCUGAAGCUCCAAGAGAUAUUUAUGUAGUUGGUGAACAAGCUCAAGUCAAUACUCAUCCUCAUCAAUGGUUCAAAGGUGAAGGUUCAAAUUCAAAUCCUGCCAGCAAUGAUCCUAAAGCAAAAGGCAAGGAAAUUGCUAAAUUGGGGUGAGGCUUCAUGACCCCUAAAUUGCAGAAAACUUAGUGUCUCAUGUGCAGAUCUCCAUCAGAGCCUAUGACUCCUUAUCUUGUGUUUUUUGUUUAGAAUCUGCUACCCUGUGUAUUUAGUUUUCUACUUUUCUCUUUGUCCGCGUGCUUAUAUUUAGCUCUUCAUAGUGUAAUUUUGCUUAUGUCUACCUGUAAUUUAUUUCCUGUGCUUGUGCCUGUAGUUAAACUUGUAAGUAUACUUUGCUACUACUUCUUUAGUUUUUGCUUGUGGUUCUCUUGUUCAAUUCU